AUGCGAUCCUUCUUCUCCCGCUCCCCCGAUCUCGAAGGAGGUCGCGCCUACAAAAAAGGCUUCACAGGUGACCACCGAGGCCGCUCAUAUAUUCCUCCCAACCCCUCUCCUCUCUUCUCCCCCCAAUCCCAACUCGAUCCCUUCGAUACCCCUUCUGUCGUUUACCGCCACGACACCAUAUUCAAACCACCUCCAAGCCCGAGUCCCAAAUCCGUCACCUUUAGCGAUCGUUCUUGGAGUGCUCCUUCUGCUUCUCGGACUGGGACUGGGAAACUAGGAAAUGGAGCCACGGCUGGAGUGCUGGAUAAAGGUCAAUUGGAUAAAGAUCAGUUGGAUAGACUCCACGAGUACCUAGGAGUUUUACCCGCAGGAGGAGUCCCACACAGGGCAAAAAGAGGUUUCAGCAUGAGCGAUCCCAAUGAUCGACCCGUCCAUGUCUCCGCACCGAUCCCCCUAUCCCCCCAAGCACGCAUCAAGAAAAACCUAAAGCAAAAAGCCGCAGAACAUCAUUUCCGCAGGAAUCAGCAGCAAAGUGGGCAUAGCCAUGAUGCGUUAUUGGGUGAAGAGCAGGAACAGCAGGUCCGUUAUCAAACACAUCUUUUCAAAGAGGCGUUGAAGACGGCACUUAGUGUGCACAGGGAGGAACCUGAGUUUCAGGAGUUUGCAGCGGGAAGUUCAAAGGGACCGGUGAUGCAGAGGAGAGGGGCGAGUGAGGGGAUGAGGGAAGGCGGGUUUGUGGGGCCGUUGCCGGUGGAGAUGGAGGAGGAAUUGCUGCCCAAGGAUUUGGCUGAGUUUUUGGAAAAGUAUGAUCCGAGGUCGGAGGAUCUGCCUGAUGUAUAUCCAAUGGGUGAACAUAGGGCGAUGCUUCGAACGAUGUAUUUGGAGGAUAUACUAUACUCCACUGCAAAAUUGCAUAAGCAUAAUUGGAUAUUAUUGAGCCGAAACGAGAAAUAUAAAGACUUACGCAUCCCCGAGCGCUGGGAUCAAAUACAAGAAGAUCUCGAGAAAUACACACGCUCAAUCCGCAACUACGAAUACUGGCUCACCUCCCUAAUCCCCCCCCUCUCCCUCUCCAAAUCAUCUUUCCCCCCACGCUUCCACCUCUACGGCAAACAACUCGCCAUCCUCGAAGCCGCCAAAUCGUAUAAUAAUCCCCUGGAACAAGCUUUUGCACAUGAGCUUGAACGGAAAUUGGUAGCGUAUCAUACGGAUUGGAGUUUGAAUAGUGUGGUGUUUAGGGGAUUAAGAAGGGAUGCGAGGAAAAGAGGGUGGAGGAGGGGUAAUGGUCCGUUUGUGAGGUGGGCAGGGAGGGUACUGGGAGGGGUAUUGGGGGGAGGUGCUUUGUUGGCGCCGGUGGGGGUGUUGGUGCUUUGGCCGGGGGGAGUGGGGAGGGUUGGGGGGGUGGGUGUGGUAGGGGUUAGUGUGGCGGUUGUGGGUUUGGUGGUGGCGUGGGGAAUGGAUGGGGGGGAGGAGGGGAGGAGUGGAUGGGAGGGGGCUGAGGGGGUGAGAGAUAGGAAUGCGAGGGCUGGGGUGGGUGGGAGGGGGAGGGGCGGUGAGUGGGGUAUGUGGGAUGUUAUGCUGGUUUUGGCGGCUUAUGCGGCGGUUUUGGUUAUCUUUUUGGGGGUGGCGAUUGUUUGA